CUCCGCAUCACCUGAUUGCUAUUCACUCGCGUUUCACACGACUUCCCAUCUUGCGUCGUGAUGCUGGCUUCAGAUCAAUCAGGACAAAGGAGCAAGCGCAUUCUGCUAUUACGAGUCUUACAGUCUGUAUUUCAGUCCGUUCAAUCACGUGUACUCCUAUGGCGCUCCCCUACUUCCAGCAAACACACACUCCCCCGAUCCACCUAAAGAAGGGGCAAUCGGCGGGGCAAUCAGCGUCGUCGACGCGGUCUCGCAACAUUGCCCCGGUCUUCAAGCUGCCCCCGGAGAUUCUCCUCCUUGUCCUGGAGCUGCUAUCGAAGGAAGCAGAGAUCUGCUUUUCGUUGACAUGCAAAGCCCUCUACAGGCAAUUUUCCCCCAAAGCAGCCUCUCGACGGGACUUGGAUCGGGUCUCUAGGAAGGCCUUGCUUGUCUUGCUGGAGAAGGACAUUGACCACUCCUUUUUUUGUUACGAUUGUCUGAAGCUCCAUCCAUGGCGCCUUGACGGCCGUAUUCUACCUUGGGAUGUACGGGGCCGCUCGCCCUCCUACCAUGGGUGCCGGGCCAUGCACCCGUUCAGAGCUCCCCUUCCCGAGGGCCACAGCCUGCAGUACAACUUGGCCCGCCUCGUUACGAACCGCCACCUGUACGGGCCCUCUCACGGGCUCCCGCUCGCCGUGAUUGAGGGCACCUUUGCCAAGAGAUGUCCAACCAGUGAUGUGCGUUGCCAGCAGUGCUGGCGCGCACGCAUCCUCCAGGACGAGCUGUUCCUUUGCACCUCCUUCACCUACUACCACCCAGAGAAUACCACCGACAGACUGAUGCGCUUCAUGCGAGUGAGCCAUCAACAGAUAUGCCCCCAUCUGCGCAUCCGGGCCUCCAACGCCUCCACUGUGGCAUCAUGGCCUCGCAAUCUACCCGAGUUGAACCAAGACCUCGCCAUCCCCAACCGCUUUAUCACGCCGGUGCGGAACUCCGUCUCCUCUUGCGCCAUCUGCCGGACGGACUACCAAGUCAAGAUUCAACACCGCCCGAGCUGGAAGAUGUGGGGGCCACGCGGCUGGAUUAUCAGCAUCGUCACCUGGCAGCAGCUAGGGAAGUGCCGGUCUCCCUUCGACUGGGACUGGCGUAUCAUGGCCCUCGACGUGAUGAAUGAUCUAAACAGCAGGUGGCGGUCUCAUACCGACAUGCCCGGCGUUAUUAGACACAGAUGGAGCCAGGGCGACGAUACCCUGUUCGAGCCCGAGGGCAAUUUCGUGAGUAGGGCGAGGACUCUGUGAAUUAUGAACCGGCCUCUGUUCCUCGUACUCCAGAUGGAUGGCGAAGUCCACGGAGCAGUAUACACUAUCCUCAAGUAUCUAAACGGCGAGCCACCCGGGGUUUCUUUUUCCGCUUAUGUCAUCUCUGCGAAGCCCCAGUGCAAGCAUGGGACAUUGAAGAAAGCUCGAGGAGUGGUAUCACAACGUCACAUUCCAAUUACUUUAAUUGACACCUGCCUUACAUGUAUGUUACUCUCGGGAUUUAGCUCACAAGUUCUGCAAGUGUUUCGGGUGAUUUUCCGAUGCGGGGAGGCUAACCAUGAAGGCACGCCC